AUGGGUGGACGACUUGCCAUGGAAAUGUUCCCAAAGAAAAUUGCUGCUGCUGUUUUUGUUGCUGCUUAUAUGCCUGGCCCUGAUUUCCCUUUCUCACAUAUCACUCAACAAUCAAAUCAAGGGUCAGAUUUUCUCAAGGACAACAAAUACAAAUAUGAUAAUGGUACUGAUAAGCCCCCAACCGCUGUAUACUUCGGCUCUAAUUUUCUGUCAUCAAAGAUGUACCAAUACUCGAGAGCUGAGGAUAUGAUCCUUGCUUCGUUGUUGAUGCGACACACUCCAAUGUUCCAUGAUCCUGAAGUGUUAAAAGAAGUAGAACUCACUAAAGAAAAGUAUGGUUCGAUUCCAAGAGUCUACAUUAUGUGCAGUCAAGAUCUGUCAAUGAAGGCAGAUGUUCAACGAUGGAUGAUUGAUAAAAAUCCACCCCAAUAUGUCUAG